AUGUCUGAACAAACAAAACCUUCUUCAUCACCAUCAUCCAACAACAACAGUGAGUUGUCUUCACUUCCAACCACCGCACGAAUCAACAUUUCCUCUGGAUCCAAAUGGGAAUCCCUCGUUGGUUACAGUCGAGUGGUUCGUGUUGGCAAUCAAGUCUUUGUUGCUGGCACCGUAUCCUCCGAUGAAGAAACUGGAAACGUGGUGGGUUGUAAUGAUCCCUAUCAACAAGCUGCGUUCAUUCUCUCCAAAAUUGAACGGUAUUUGAACAAGGUUGGAGCUCAACGAAAGCACGUGGUGAGAACUCGCAUGUUUGUUAUCAAUGCUUCUCAAUGGGAGGAAAUUACCAAAGCUCACUUUGAGUUUUUCCAAGACAUGAAACCAGUGGCAACAUUGGUUGAGGUGAGUGCAUUGAUUGGAAAAGAAUAUUUGGUUGAAAUUGAAGUGGAUGCCAUAAUUCAUGAUUGA